UUGAGCAUAUUUCUAUUUUCCCUGUUAUAUUUUAAGUUUUUGAGGGGCAGAGACUUUUGUCUGUCUCCCUGGGUCCUGUCACAGCUCCUGAACAAAUGAUCCAAGAAUGGUUACUUGGCUUUCUGGUGCGGGCUAGUCUGCAUCUUGCAACUAUCACCUGGCUGAGAAAUUGCCUCUAUAAAUAAGCAGUCUCUGUUUCAGGUAUAGUUCUCCUGGAUAUUUAUACCACUUCUCUUUCCCCAUCCAAACCUCAAACUUCUAUGUUUGAAUUAGAGGUGAUAUUCAAAUCCUUAGCCACAGCACAAACAAACGGCCCCCAUAAGAAUCAACUUUGCAGAGUCAAGUUCUUUUUUUUUGUGGACAUUUUAGCUGCAGGCACUGUAUCUGCUGGGGAACCCGCAACGAGAUUUUACUUGUCCUUCCACACUGUUCUUUCUGUAGCUUUAUGUGAUCAUGUUCCAGAUGGCUCAGCAGUGUUUCCAAAAUGAAUAUUUUGACAGCUUGCUGCAAGUUUGCAAACCUUGUCAUCUCCGAUGUUCUAAUGCUCCUCCAAUUUGUCAGCAUUAUUGUAAUGCAAGUGUGACCAGUUCAGUGAAAGGAAUGAAUGUGAUUCUCUGGACUUGUUUGGGCCUGAGCUUGACAGUUUCUUUGGCAGUUUUUGUGCUGACGUUCUUACUAAGGAAGAUGAGCUCUGAACCCUCAAAGGAUGAAUUUAAACACACAGGGUCUGCUCUCCUGGACGUGGCUAAUGCUGACCCAGACCAUCACAAAACUGGUGAUGAAAUUCUUCUUCCAAGAGGCCUGGGGUACACUGUGGAGGAAUGUACCUGUGAGGACUGUGCUAAGAGCAAACCAAAGGUUGAUUCUGACCAUUUCUUUCCACUUCCAGCCAUGGAGGAAGGCGCCACCAUUCUUGUCACCACGAAAACAAAUGACUAUUGUAAUAGCCUGUCAGCUGCUUUGGGUGUUACAGAGAUAGAGAAAUCAAUUUCUACUAGAUAAUUAACCAUUUUGACUAAUGUAGAGCUACUUUGAAAACCUUUUGUCAGAAGCAAAAGAUCAUGCAUCAGAUCUCUUUAGGAUGACUUAUUUUUCACUUGCUGAUAACAGCUUUUUGUUGUCUAAUUUUGAAAACUACGUUAGACAUAUUUUUCUACCUUAAUGUUGGGAGCUUAUCUGUGGGAAGUUCCUCAGUUAUGUGAUUAAAUUCUUGACUCACUGAUAAAAAAGUAUGGCAGUCUCUAGAUUCCAGGGUAACCCACUUCUAUGGGUAGAGAUGUACUCUCUCCUGUACACGCACAUACACAUUUCAGGAAAGAUUAGAUUUUUCUCUUUACUGUGAAAAGGAAAGUGAGAUUAUACUCUGUGUGUUUCUGUAAGUAGCAGAAGCCUAGGACUGGCAGACUAAGCCAGC